GAAGAAGAAGAAGAAGAAGAAGAAGAAGAACUAACCGAACGCGUUGGUUACAAGAGGAUUGUUGGUAAACUUGUCCACGACUUAUUUUGACUACAGAAGCGUUUCUGUUAGUUAUUCAAACUUUAAUUCACUGGAAAACUCAACCGGAAAUAUCCGUAGUCAACCGUGAACCGGCACAAUAUCCACCUCGGCGCAGGUUAGCAACAGUUAACGGUUAGCGGUUAGCUAACGUCACUGCGGUUGUUGAAGCACCUGAUGGAGCAUUAACGUCAGCUAACGCUAGCUAAAUUAUAAAAUAUAAGCUCGAGACGAAGUGACAAGCCAUUGCAGGUUUGCGACGUCACACGUUCAACUUCAGUUUGCCACUGACGUAAACAGUCACGAGACAUGUCAAGACAGAUGGGAGACAGCCAUCGACGGUUCCUGCAGACCAUGAUGUCCAAUGGCAUCGUUGAUGAACAAGGCGCGAGGACGCUCCAUCAGUAUUGUUGUGAAACGCACAACACACAGCACGCCCCCGACAAACUGGAUGAUUUCAUUGAUGCCAUCAACUCAAAGCUGCAGCCUAUGUUCAUGCAGAUUAGAAAAGGGAUGUCUGAAGACAAUGGCCACCAGUUCUACGCAUUGGUGAACAUGGCUGAGACUGACGUCACCAGAAUGUCGUCAGAUUAUGCCGACAAUGAGCUGGAGCUGUUUAGGAAAACGAUGGACCAGAUUGUGGGCUCUGAGAACGGCACAGCCUCUUCCACUGACAUUCUGAACAGCGCUGACACCCUGACCACCAAAAAGCUGAAGAAGAGCGAGACGGAGCACCUCUUGAACCGACUUGUGCAUGACCAAUGGCUCAGUGAGAAACGGGGUGAAUACACUUUGUCCACCAGAUGUAUUAUAGAGAUGGAGCCAUACAUUCGUACAAUGUAUCAGGAGCAAGUCAAAGUGUGCCACAUCUGUCACAAUAUCGCCUUACAGUGCCAAAUUUGUGAGAAUCCUACUUGUGGAAUAAAAAUACACAACCCAUGUGUUGCCAGAUACUUCAAAGGAAGAUCAGAGCCACGGUGUCCAGCUUGUGAUGACUUUUGGCCACAUGAAAUCCCUGAAGUCCGACGACCCCAGUCGUCCCAGUCCAAAAGAUGAGGUUUUCAGCAUCAACGUUUUUUUGUUAAAACCUGUUGUUUUGUUUUUACCAUAAAUAAACCAAACUGUAAAUAUACAUUUCUUUAUAGGUAUUUUUACAAAAAUAAAUGAAAGUGUUUCAU